CCUACGUCCGUUGCUUUCUUUGUUCAUGUUGUAGCGGAACGCUUGUACACACGAACAAGAAAAAGAGCGCGGGAAGAGGAGGAUCUUGUUUUUGCUCUGGCGGCAUCGCUCCAUCCAUUGCUUUAGUGCCGAUCCUUCUAAAUAGACGUCUCCCGCCUUGUAACAAUAUGUCAUGCGCGAAGCUUUGCAUCCGUGGUCGACAUUGUAAUAACACUAAUGCGGCAUAUUACACAGCUUCUGCUGAUCUUAGUUGUGCCCGUCAAGAUGUAGGCCAUCUCUGCACCAUUGACAACAAUUAGCCGCAAGUGCUGAUUGCUGCUGGUUGGCUCAGUCCAGAAACAGGCCUCACAAAUGCGAUGAGCAUAGCUGAAAGCAUCACUGCCAAAAGGGUACGCCACAUCCCUUCAAAGGUCCUUGGUCAGGUCGACGUUGCCAUGCAGCACAGCUUGCCUCUGGCUGACAAGUCUGUUGGUUGCUCGUUCAAACCAGGGAGCGAGUCUAGGAGCGUGCAGACUACGGAGGCUGUGGAGCAGUUAAGCUCCACCUCAGCAUCGAGGCCUUUAAUUUCUGCAUCAACUGCCAAAUGUGACAACUCAAAGCAAGGAUGCUUCCACCGAUGUCAGCUAUGUGACUAUGAGACUGAUGAACUAUUUCUUCUGGAAGAACAUGCCAGCGACCAUACUGGCGAGAAAGUGUUUCAUUGCCCUUUAUGCCCUCAGAGCUUUCCACAAAAGCAGAGACUGAAAACCCACCUGCUCACCCACAAAAUCAAGACGCCAUUUCAGUGCACUUCAUGCUUUCGGAGCUUCUCAGCUAAGGCUCGCCUGAAAGACCACCUGCGCAUCCAUACGGGCGAGAAACCAUUUCAUUGCCUUUUAUGCCCUCAGAGCUUUUCUCUAAAGUCCAACCUGAAAACCCACCUCCUCACCCACACAGGCGAGAAGCCAUAUGAAUGCCCUUCAUGCUCUCAACGCUUCUCGCGCAAGUCUUACAUGAAAGCCCAUCUGCACACCCACACAAGUGAGAAGCCAUAUCAGUGCCCUUCAUGCUCUCAGAGCUUCUCACGAAAAAGCUCCCUGCAAGAGCACCUGUGCAGCCACACAGGCGAGAAGCCAUAUCAGUGCCCUUCAUGCUCUCGGGGCUUCUCACGAAAGGGCGCCCUGAAAAUGCACCUCUUCACUCACUCAGGCGAGAAGCCAUUUGAGUGCCCUUCAUGCUCGCAGGCAUUCUCACGAAAGUAUCACCUGAAAGUGCACCUGGUGACUCACACAAGCGAGAAGCCAUUUGACUGCCCUUCAUGCUGUCAGAGCUUCUCACGAAAGAGCAACCUGAAAGUCCACCUGCGCACCCACACAGGGGAAAAGCCAUUUCAGUGCCCUUCAUGCUCUCGGAGCUUCUCGAAAAAGAUCUCCCUGAAAGAACACCUGCACAGCCACACAGAAAUGUCACAGGAAAUGGAUAUCUUCCCAAGCAAGAGGCCUAGGAAGGCAAUAAACUUAAAUGAAGAAAACGAAAAAAAGGGGACAAAAACGAAGCCCGCACCGUCAGCAGAGCAGCUUCACCUGGAAACACAAACCACUGUUGAGGCGGAGCUUGCAGCUCAUAUUGAAGAAGUCACACCCUCUAGCUGCACAUGUUGCAAUGACGGCUGUAGAGUGCGCGGCCAACUAGAGCAAACAAGAGAGGAAAAUGCUCUGCUGAGACAGGAGCUACUGGCUCAGAAAUCGAGCUUCAUCAAAAAAACAGAAGAACUCAAGAAAAAGUUCAAUGACGCUCUACAUCGCAAUGCAGAGCUUCAGAGAGCACUGACUUCAAAGAUUUUUACAAGUGAGAGCAAGAUCAUUUACGCCCGGUCUUUGGAUGUGGUGGUAGGUGCAGAAGCUCCUGUACCCUCGCGGAGCUCAGGGCUGGGAGCAAAAGACUUGGGCUUGCACUCGCGCAACAGGUCACAUUCAGAAGCCAACAAGUCGUCGCACCACAAGGGAACCACUGCAGCUGUGGCUUCAGCUGCGUCAGUCCAGGAACGUGUGUCACAGCAGCUCGAACCUAGCAACAGGCCAUCUGGCGCUGGUGAUGCGGAAGCAUUUCAGCCCUCGGUGUCUCAAGAUGUGCAAAACAGCACCGAACAAGUGUUACCAGAUGAGCUCGAACCCGGGCCCUCACAGGAGUUGGAGGAAGCACUCCGCAGUGAUCUUCCGGAGGUCUUCUACACUGUGAUUGGCAGUGAAAGGGACGAUGGAAUGCUCUAUGCAGGGAGUGGUAAAUGGCUAGAGAAGAAGGCUUGGGACACACUGUUCCGGUCCCCGACGGAUUCAUUAUUUUGCCGCAUGGCCACGAAUGUUUUUUGGACGCCCAAUGAACAGAGGAGCCGCAGUGUGACAGGAACACUUUCCAACAAGUCGCGUGCAUUGGGGGAGACCAAACCAAGGCCUGCGUUAACCCCAGAGAAAGUGGACUCACUAAAAGCUCUCUUCAGCAUAUACAUGGGCAACGAUGUGCCUAAAGACACCCAGACCAAGAGGCUCAAGGACGUGCGCAAGUACCUUGCACAGAAACUGGGUGACAUCCGGCGCAAAUAAUCCUUUGUGCCGCCAGGGUCCCUCCACCCAUCUGCAGCAGGUUGACGCCUGCACCCUCCCUGAGCCAUUCCAACCAACUUUGUGUGCUGCAGAUUGUAGUACAGGGUCCCACAUAUUUCACUGCGUACAGUAAUCCUUUAUUAUAAUGAAUCAGUGGGAAGGUGAAAAAAUUCGAUAGAAGCGACCACUCGAGAAAAGCUAAAGCACUCGAGCUUUAAUUGCACCUCAACUGCGAAAAAGUCUAAAUACAAUGUAUUCAGUGUAGCAAAACUUUAUUCAGGUGCCAAAAGGCAGUGAGGUUUGGCUGUUUCAAGUUCUUACGGUGCACGAGCCACCCCUGGUCACGGAAGACUAUGAGAGUAUCGCACUGGAAAGCGCCGCAAAUGCCGUGGCUCGAGUCUGAGGCUGUGUUUGUUGUGCUCAAAAAACGAUUAGCGCUCAUUGUGGGUAUGCAGUGCAAUUGUGAAAAUUGAAUGGUUUAGCAGUAGAGGCUUUGCAUGAUCACUGCACAGUUUUCUUCCGAGGUGUGUAGCCGUGAAGUUUGCAAAACGAGAGUUUUUCGGCGCACCGUUGUCGACGAAACUCUGCUAAUUCUACGGUUCAAGUGUUGGUGUUUGCACACCGUUGCAUCAGCCCCUUGACAAAUGUCUAGAAACAAAAUUCAGUGACCCUACCACAAAUUUAGACUGUUUGUCUAAAUUCGGAUGGUGCGAAUCGAGUAUGACCGGCUCGAAAAAAUCGCCGUGGGAAUGCCAGCUUUGCGUUGAAUUGCCAUGUUGACAGCCUGACUCACCACUGACAGUGCUCAUAUUUUUUUUAUUUUUGGCAAGCUAUCGGUACAUUUGCACCGUCACAAGUGCAAUGAAGCUAGGGCGGUGUUUUAUCGCAGUGCUGGCACAUUAUGGCUAGCGGCCAUAAUUUCUAGACUGGCUUCCCCGGAGUUGUCUUCCUGGUUUGUUAAUGUAGCUCCUCACGUCGAACAUGGCACUUAUAAUGGGAGGGACACUUCUUUUGUGUUUCGUGGCACAUUGCAGUGCCUGAAGUGCUCUUUAGAGCGGUAAAAAUUUGCUUAUUGAGCGCACCCCAUGGAAUGCGACGGCGCAAUAAGUAUGCCCGCGGUUUUUUAGACACUUUUUGGCAUCCAAAAGACCACGGUUUUCUGGCAUCGCAAAGCGUCAGGAAAAAUUUAUUUUUGUGUGGAUUCUAUCACGGAGGACACCUGCGAUGCGAUUACGACCGAGGUUAACGGUUCAGGCUUGAUGCUCCAUGGAAUUUGACAGCUUCCAUUCGCUCUGCAGUAAACAGGUGGGCGCACUCAGCAGUCGCUUGGUGCCAAUUACUAGGAAGUCAUAGGUCGUGGGUUGGGUACUUUUGUGGCCUGUUCUGUGCCUGCAUGAGGCAAAUUCGUUGGCAGCAUUAAUAUGACACUGCAUGCACAGAAAGUCACAACUGUUCGGCGGCGGCGAUACCUCUGCUCGCCACUUCACUCUAAACGGGUCAAGCUCUUCAUGCGCUUCAAGUAAUGCGGCUUAAGAUGCAUGCGUUUGGGUCGGGAAGUGAAGAAAUUUUGAAUAAGGCGAUAUUUCAAGUAAAGCAAUUUCGUUAUAACGAGUGAUUACUGUACGUUCAAAAAAAUUCUUUGUGCACACCGGUGCACUGUUCUUGCUGAAAUUUUGCAGAAAGAUAGCAUUUUGGAAUGUACGUUGUGUAGCAUAUCACUUGACACAGUUUUUGCCUGGUAUUUAAAAAAUGGAUGCUGUUCCACUCAACAUGAAAGCUGUCGUAAGUGGGGAGCAGUGAUUUGCCAGUGUUUCCCUUGCGUUAUUGUUGUCAGCACCUUGUGUUCAUCUUCUAUUUGUGCUUUGCUUUUGUUUUUAUGUUUAGCUUUUCUUUUUGUGUCUUGCUUUUGUUCAUCUGUUAUUUUGUCAUGUUUAUGCAUUGUUUAUUUUCAUUAGUUACGUGAAGUUGACUUUAGAUUUGAUUUUUUGUAAUUUUAGUACAUUUAGUAAGACAGUAGACAUUGUUUAAACUUUGUACAUAUGUACAUUUAUUUACAUUUGGCUUUUCACUGGCAAAGUGUUGUACAUUUUCUCAUAUGGUUUCCCCUUUCUUCUUUGACGUCAUGAUUUCGCAUUGUCUUGUUGAUUUGAAGAGUAGUCUUGUUGCAUUGGUUCAUCCUCUUGGAGUUCAUACGCAUAGUGCCAAGUGCAGGGUUGUGUUUUCCUUUCACUAUUACUGCUUUGUGGUCAGUGAAGUGAAAUGCCAAUGGGUCUUCUAGUGCCAUCUUAACGUCCGCGAAGACGAGAUCUAUGGGCUCUCUUCGUUGGCUUCUGUUUCACGUUCUUGCACCGACGAAUCGGCCCUCUGGCAUCGCUGUCUUUCGCGAGCAAACGCCCGUUAGCACUCGAUCUGUGCCAGCUGUUUGGGGUCCAUGGUGGGAAAAGACUGGCUCUUUGUUUCUGGGGUCUAUUCAAAGAGGCUGUGGCGCCCUCCCUUGACUAGUUUCGAUAUCAGCUUCGGUGCGUGACACCCACCGACAUCGGGCGGAUGAGAUCUCGGGCCCCUAAGUGCUCCGCACUUUUAAAAAAUGUGGGCAGUUUUCACUAGUGAAGCAAGGCUGGGUCACAGCGGAGCUACUUCCGGCUUUUGCUAAGUUUUGCGAGGUUAUACAUGAAUCACGUAGGUUCAUACUAAGUGUUGCUAAGUUUUGCAAGGUUUUGCAUGGCCUGGCUAGGUUCACACUAAGUGUUGAUAGCUUUUGCUAUGUUCUGUGAUGUAUGGCUUGGAUAGGCUAAUACCAAGCGUUGGUAGGUUUUGCUAAUGUCUUAUGAGGUUAUGCAUGGCUUAACUAUGCUUAUACUAAGUGUCUCGAAGAUUUGCUAAGUUUUGCCAAGUUCUUGCGAGGUCAUACACGUCCAGGCCGGUAAGCCACACAAGCUCCAGCAAGUCACAUGCAUGCAAGCUGCAGUACAUGCUCCACAACUUGUGUACAGUGCUCCAGUACCAGUCGGCAUCGUUGAUCCGGUCCUCGGCCUUCGACCGGGUAUGGGCAAACGGCAGGUGUUCGGCAAGCGCAUCUUUGCCAUUGUAGACUUCCAUGAUCUCAUUGUCCCACUAGUCAGCCGGCUGCCCGGGCUGUGCCUGUAGAUUAGAAAGGCAAGGCGCGGCACACUUGUAGCCAUGCACCCAAUUCUCCAUGAUUGCAUUUAGCGAAUCGCCCCGCCGCAUGGUAGCCUCAUCCCAAGCCGCCUUCUUACUGAUCUUGGCCAACAUGGCCUAGUGAUCACUGUAGUGAACAGUGUGGUCUCCAGCUAUAGCGAUGUUCCACCUGGAGUCACCUAGAUCAUCGCAUAGGUCCGAGGAUCCGAGCCCCUCAGGGAUGAUCAGCUGAGCUGCAUGUGUGCUCGAAGUGGAUGCUCGUCCGGUCCCCUCUGGGACCAAAACAGAGCUAAACCUGUUACACCUGUAUCGGCAUAGGGCCUGUGAGCUGAAGCUCCCAAAAAUCAAGGGUGACACUCAGUAUCAGAUUUCGCUGCAACAUGCUGCUAUACAGGAAGAUGGCUCCCAACAGUCGUGCUACCACGGCAACGUUCCUUCAGCUUGGUGUAGCCUCCGAAGGCGACAGUACGACACAGUACGACCACGCACAUGAAGUGAGCCGCGUCUCUUUGGCGUAGCCUCCAAAACAGGAGAAGCGAAAGCGCAAGUCGCGGAAGGCUCAGCAACAACAUUCAAGGAGAAAGGAACAGCGUCUUUCAGAGUCUCCCAACACAACACAAGAAGGUUGAAAGCCAAUGAAGGGAUGAGACUGAAGCGACUCAACCGGUCUCCUAGGAUGAAGGCUGAAGAGGCAGAACGCAAGCGACAACAAUGCCUUCAAAACAAGCUCCAGCAACAGCAACAACAACGAGGCACAACAGCAACAGAGGCAGACACAGAAAGGCUUUCGCCUACCUCAGCAGCGUGCCCAUAGAUUUUUCGUCGAUCUGCAUGCGGCAGUUCCACGUUUGGAUAAAGCAGAUCAGAGUGGCCUUCCGCAGCAAUUCUUUGUGGUUCACAUCCAUCGCAUGGCUCUGCAUCAACCUAAUGCUCGGCGAAGCGGUCGUAAACUCAUCGCUGACCUAGUCACACGCACCUUGGCAGGCUCGGCUAAUCGUCUGAAGCGGGUACUUCUUGAGUCACUCAAAUUCCUCAGCGAGGCUGGAAUCGGCAUUGGUGGAACAGUGGUGAAACUUGAAGUCCCCCUCCGCGUUGGUGAGGUACAACUUAUCCAGCUCUGUACAACGACUUAGCCCAAUGUACAAGAGCUUCUGCGGGUGCCUCUUAUCGUAGCCAUGCGCAACGCUUCCAUAAGUUCCCCCCUGGGAACCACAUCUUCGGCACGAUGGGCAGGAUCGGCUCUCCUUCGUCGAUCGUAGUCCCGCUAAGCCGGGCGCCGAGCUUCCUUGUAGGCGGCUUCUUCCUCGGUAGUCUUGCCUUUCUUCGGUUGCUCCUUGGUAGCUGUACACGCGUGUUCACUAGAUGAGAGAGCUGACAUGUCUGUCAGCACACCAGCUGCUCGGAGCUUUCUAGCAUACCACGGCUAAGCGAACACUUGCUUCUCCUCGAAUGGGGAGAGGGAACGUGAAGCGCACGCAUGCCGCCGCGAGACUGCACCCUACGCACACGUGUGAUGUGAGGAGGUUGCGUGGCUCGGCGACGCACAGCUAAGCCGAGUUUUCUGUCGGCACGAAACAGACUCGAAAAGCUUAACAGCUGUCCGCUGUAAAAGUCACCGCCCAAGCACUUCAUACAUAAAUUAACCAGCGAAGCUGAAACAUGCGGCCCCAUCUUUAUCACUGGCUUAAUUUUGAUGGUUCAGUAAUGUUACGGCUAGGCUUGUGUGAAUAGUGCUUUUUUGGUUCGAAGCGAAUUCGAAGUAAAUAGUAAUUCUUGAAUAAUUUGGAAGAAAAAACGGCAGAGAGCUAAGGUCUGGGAUUUAUUCAAGGAAAGUAAAGAACUUGAUUAUUUACGAAAAUCUACGAAUUUCCGUGCACAAACACUAUAGCUGUUCCACAUGCUGGAGUUUGAGGUGCUCCUUUCUGCAGCUUACAGCGGCUCCUGUAGUCAAAAAAGGCCUUUCACUUCUUGUCUGGGUGGCUGGUAUUGAAAGAUACCUACGGGCAGCUGCAACCAGGGUUCGGUAAAGAUGGCUGCCCUUGCUUUUCUACCACACAAGGGGGUCUUCGGACCGGGAAAGAAGGGGACCUUCAAGUACCUAACAACCUCAUCCGAGAUUGUACGGCUUGACUGAUGAUGUGCACGCAAACUGAAGUGUGUAAAAGCACUCCACACAGAGUCCCCUGAUGAGUCUGCAGAGCAGGUGCUGUUCUCACUUGUUGCUGUACCAUGUUGACAAACUGGCACAGUCUCUUCUGCUGCUGUUGUGAGUAGAGUGAAUGUCCAUUGCCUUGCGGGUUGUUCAGCAUAACAGACAUUUUGCAUCUACGAUCGGCCAACAUUGCCAAUGCAGGAAGGCGUGACAUCUUAAUAUCAAGGAACCUCGUCUUGAUGCUACGCAAAAGGCUUAAGGCAAGCAAUACUGCCUCACCACAUUCGGAAACAUGUUUAGCUAGAACCACCUCGGUACACAGCAACAGGGGAAUGACUUGUGACAGCGUGGGGUAUCUGUCCCCAAGCAGUUCAGUUGUGGCAUGAUCAAGUGGCUUCCAGACUUGCACUGCUGCAUUAAUAAGCUUCCACUAACUUGCGUUCAAGUAUGGAACUGCGUCAGAUCCUGAAAGUUCUACAGUGAUGACCGUAUGGAGCUUCACGAGCCUGACCAUCAUGGCAUGCUCACUGUUCCAUCGCGUCGGGACGUCUUGUAUAACCUUGAGAGGGUCCAGCUGCAUGUUUCUCUCAAUUUCCUGAAGCCGUCCUCGGGCCUUGGCACUCCGUUUGUAUCUAGCUACAAUCGAUCUGGCCUUAGCACAGAGCUGCAAAAACCCUGACACUUCUCUUUUGGCAUCACUGACACACAAAACUGAAGGGUGCGUCCGAAACACUGCACACCACUCCAGGACAACCGCUCUACUGCAGAAGUAAAGCUCCUUCCAUUAUCUGUAACGACGAAGAUCGGCACAGUAUCGUGGGCUGGAAGUUCCCACUCCUCGAUGACACCUGUGAUAAAUAGCUCCGGGUUUUCUGCAGUGUAAGAGUACGUCUGUCAUCUCCGUGCAAGCCAAUGCAUGCACGUGUUGCACAAAGUCACUGUCCAUAACGUGACAAGUUACACAAACAAGGCUGUCAUUUGCCCGCAAUGUCCAACCAUCAGUUGUGAUUGAAAGCGACUCCACUCCGCUCGCAAAAAUGUCCCCGAGCUCAUUUUUCGCCUUCUCUUUGCUUGAUGUGUAGAGGUCUGUAAUAAUGGCUCUCGAGAAUGUUGUCCGAGACGACACGGCAUAAUCCGGCAUAGCGAACUUCAUCAUGUCGAAGAAGCCCGGUUCUUCGACAAUGUUGUAGGGGUGCAUACCAUGAGCUACGAAGCGAGCUAUCAUUUUUGUCAUCUGUUGGGCUUUUGGGGCCGACGCUUUCAUUUUCGUCUUGAAAAUGUCGGCUAUGGAUGGCUGUUGACCACUUGUCUAGGUUGCUUGCCCCUUGAGCUUGGAUGGCUUUUCGCGUGCUUCCCACUUCUCUUGGUAGUCCUUGUGCAAGUCCGCGUGUCUCUUUAAACGCGUUGCUAGGGUUGUUGUCGUACUUGUCGGGGUCUUCAGGACUGCCUUGCAUUUAAGACACCGAACUUCGGUUCCCAGUGGAAUCUUUACAAAAAAGUUCCAAAUCGGAUUGCUAUUCACAUGCAAGUCCCCCAUGGUGCUCUCUGGAGUGGUCCAAGGCAGCUGGUAUUGAUCAAAUGCCGCCGCGGCAGAGGUAGAGCCGCCCACUUAACGCAAUUGACCGCACUACUACACCGAGGAGAUGCGUUUUUGUAUGCCUUUGUUCUGAGUAUAGUUCUGUUUUCGUGGCUUGGUUUGGAUUGGAUUGGGAAAAGUAUUACUGAAUCCAAAACCAAAACCUUCGACGACGCCUUCUCCCUGCCGCGUGUGGCUAUUCGUUCGAGCCAAAUACUUCCGAAUUACAAAAUUCGAACCGAAGCGAAUAUCGAAUAGCGCAUUAUUCGUUGAACUAUUCGGAAAUAUUGAAUAUUCGCACUAGCCUAGUUACGGCUCAUUAAAGUUCAUUGCUGCUUGUGUUCUGCUUGGCAAUUUAGUGUCGCUUGGUAGCCUGCCAGAUCCUCGGUAUGCAGUUGCUGCUUGCGCUCGGCCAUUCAGGUUUGUUUUGUGCCCGGACUGCCGCAUCGUCACAGUGAAUACGAGCUCUCCCAUGAUGUUGCUGUCGGCGCUGUUCUUUGCAAGCUUCCUGCUGUUUGGGAGUUUGUAAUGAUGCGGCCUGCCCAUGUUGAAGUCUGAGAGAAACUGCGGCAUGCGUGCUCGACUGCAACAAAAAGAAUGAUGUCACUAACGGCUGCGCAGCUCUUGCCGCUUCCUCCCUCCAAUAUCCAGUUCCCACUCUGUCAGUGUGAGAGCGUACCUACUUCAUCCAGCUGUAUAAACGCGGCCACAUUCCCUCACCUUUCGCUUAUAAUUCUCGUACCUGGUUUCUUCGUGGGUGCGCGUGGGUUCCGACGGAGAAGUUUCUGCGCACAUUAAACAGACGGAUUUUGGUUUUGGCUAGUCAUAUACAACUUCGCCGCAAAAGUGCAAAUUUGCCUGUGUAUAUACUGGGAUGCGCAAGCUGCUGCCACAGAGCGAAAUAUUGUGUACUUGCUGUACCCUGUAGUUGAUACAAAUAAAAAUAAUUUCAGGUAUUCAGAGAACGACUUA